CUGGGAGCUUUGCCCAAUGACAAAUUUGGCGGAAUUUGUUCGACGUGAUUGCCGAAUAAGGAGAAGCAUCGGUUUUUCAUUUUUUUUUUUUUUUCAUUUGGCUUUACUUGACUAUCCGCUCAAUGCUGAACAGUUCGGAACAUCAUGCUGCGCAUCGGGUCUUAUCAUCGUAUUCUCGGACGAACGAAAGGCAACGUCAAUAAUCCAUGUUCAAGGCAGAUACAUACUCGUGAUUCGCCCUACAAGGGCUGGUGGACUCUGAUUCUUGAAACAUCUCCCGGAACAGGAAAUGCGCAUGAGCAACGCCAGGAGCAAUUACCUGCUGUGGUUGACUUGGAGGAGCCUUCUAGGAAGUUGCCGCCUCCGGUUCCUGGAGAAGAGACCAGCCAAUCGAAAAACAUUGUUCUUCUGAAAGGAGAGCCUAUCGAGUUGCCGCAGAAACCAGAGAGCCCUGAAAAUUGCUGUAUGAGUGGGUGUGUUCAUUGCGUAUGGGAUCUUUAUCAAGAGGAUAUGGAGGAUUAUCAUGAGAAGAAAAAAGCCCUUCGAAAACGGUUUCAAGAUGCCGGAGAGCCUAUUCCAGCUAUUUUACAAUCCCGCAAAUCUGUUAAAGAAGAUGUGGAAGAGGACAUGGAUCCUGGCAUGAAAGCUUUCCUUGAGAUGGAAAGGAAACUCAAAUCAUGAACGUCAUUCGCACUUGGCACACACUUGAAAUACCCGCAAAUUACAAUCAUUUUUGUUGUACAGUAAAUUCUAUUAUAAGUAUUCAUAGCAUUUGGAAAUAACUAGAGAGAGGGACGAAAAGAUUACAU